ACGAUACUUCUAAAUGUUAAGAAGGCAGCACAGGUCCACCCGGUUGUGCUGUGAUAUUGAGAGAGGUCAUACAUCUCCGAAAAACAAACCAGGAAAGCCAGGAUGUCUGAAGAGCUGUCUCUCAACAUAAACAUCAAAGAGCCAAGAUGGGACCAAGGAACAUUUAUGGGGCGUGCCAAGCACUUCUUCAUGGUCACAGAUCCCAGGAAUGUCCUGCUGUCCUCUGAGACUCUGGAGGACGCCAGAGUGAUCAUGGAGAACUACAGAGCCGGGGUCGUGAAGCCUGGCCUGACGGAGGAUGAGCUCUGGAGAGCCAAGUACAUUUAUGACUCCGCCUUUCACCCCGACACAGGGGAGAAGAUGUUUGUGAUUGGCCGGAUGUCCGCACAGGUGCCAAUGAACAUGUCCAUCACAGGCAGCAUGCUCACCUUCUACAGGACUACUCCAGCAGUGGUGUUCUGGCAGUGGGUUAAUCAGUCCUUCAACGCUGUCGUCAACUACACCAACCGCAGUGGGGAUGCCCCCAUGACCGUGAAUCAGCUUGGUGCAGCCUACGUCAGUGCUACUACUGGAGCUGUUGUUACUGCCCUGGGACUCAAAUCUCUAGCUACGCGUCUCCCUCCAAUCAUGAGCCGGUUUGUCCCCUUUGCUGCUGUUGCUGCUGCUAACUGUAUCAACAUUCCCUUUAUGAGACAGAGGGAGUUGAAGUACGGUAUCCCUGUGAUGGAUGAGAAUGGAAACAGAUUAGGAGAGUCGCCCAAUGCUGCCAAGCAGGCCAUCAUACAGGUGGUGGUGUCAAGGAUCGGCAUGGCAGUGCCAGCUAUGGCCAUUCCCCCUGUCAUAAUGAAUGCUCUGGAGAAGAAAGCUUUCAUGAAGCGGUUCCCAGUUCUAAAUGCUCCAAUCCAGGUGGGGCUCGUCGGUCUGUGCCUGGUGUUUGCAACUCCUCUGUGCUGCGCCCUUUUCCCGCAGAAAAGCUCUAUGAGUGUGAGCGGGCUGGAAGCAGAUCUGCAGGAGAGGAUACGACAGACCAGUCCCAACACCUCCACAGUCUACUUCAACAAGGGCCUGUAGGACCAGCCAACACAUCUCCAUGCACACACACAAGACACGCAGACAAUCACACAUACGUCUGUUGUCCUGUGGGCACAAGUGGGAGGGCAAUACAAAUGUAUUUAUGUUGUUAUUUUUUGUGUACUGCUGCAUUUAUUUGUUUAUUUGACUGCGUGGAGCUGCUCCAUUUUAACAGCAGAGAGUUAGGGCGUUGGUUGUUGAUUAAUUGAAAGGCAAACAAAUUCCUUUUUUAAAAGGAGGAUCACUGACAGUUCUCUUUGAACAUAGAUGGCACUCCUUAGAAUAGGAAAACUGACUCCUGAUUUUUUUCUAUUGUGUAGUAGUGUGUUUUCUGUCUUCCUUUGGUCAGAACUGUCUAGAAUGGGGCAGUUCAUGAAAGUACUGAUUUGGGUUUCACUCACCAAUAUGUCAUGUUGCAUUCGGGUUCACGAGAGUUUAAAGUCCUCGGGUAAAUGUAUUCGAUCGUUUUGAAAUGAAGGCUUGUGCCUGUAAGUUGUGUAUUGCAAUUUCUUCUGAAUGUCACAAAAUCCUUUUUUUUUCUUGUGCCCAGCCCUCCCGUUUAGAAGUCCUUUUUUCAAUUCUUGCCUAGUCACCGUUGCGGUAUUCCUCACUUCCACCCAUUCAUUUCCACCUUGAACUUGAACCAUGGAGUUGCACUGGGAGAAUCAGUGUGUUAAAUAGCUCUGAUUAGUCCCACCCUUGAUGAAUAAGUUGCUCUUUUGUUGUACUUAAGCUUCUUAUUUUCUUCAACUCUCCUUUAAGUGUACUUAUACCCCUUCAUAUUCAUAGACCAGGUAAGAAGGUGCUAGGUACAAUGUGGUGAAGAAAAUGUAUAGAAAUUGUAAUGCAAAAGGAAUUAUUGCCAUGGCAGUGGCAGCCUGUUUUUCAAGGCCUUUUAUUGUUUGAGCACUCUAAGAACUAGUGCAGUCUUCUAUCUUUAGCAAAGAAUUAAUGAAUAAUGGAUAGUUGUUGAUGGUGGUGCUUGUUUGGUGGUUGUCAGGUGGAGGAAUAUCCUUUGUUGUUGCUAAAACUAAAUUAUCUGAUCUGAGUUUUGGUAUUUAGGUGUUUUUAAAUUACCUGUUAUGCGCAGAAGCAAACAACGAUUGCUAUUUUCAUGUGAAAACUUUUUCUUUUUUUUCUGUCCAGACUUGAACUAAACGAUUGCAUGAACAGGUUAAAAGAAGUGAUCGCUGUCUUAUUUAAGUCAGAGAUGCAGGGUGUUUAUGUGCAACAGCUAGCUAGCCAUCUGAAAUCAUCUCCCUAGAGCCAUUAAUGUCCCAUUGUACCAAAUGAAAGUAGCUCAUGUUUUGGGACAAAUUCCAAAUAGUAAAAGCUUGUAUCAGGGCAGUGGGUAACUGUGUGCACGGUCUUUUUUUUUUUUUUUUUGUGUGGUUCAUUGUUGCUUGCUGUUUAAAGUGGACAGUUUGGCUGAGUUUGAGCUUCUCUGAUCAAAUUCAUUCACGUGUCGGCCGAACACAUGACUUAGACCUUGAAGUUAAAUCUCAAAAUUCCUCAUGCAUGUAUAUGCUCCAUAUAUAUAUAAUAUAUAUAUAUAUAUAUAUAUGUGUCUAUAUUAUAUAUAUAUAUGUGUAUAUAUAUAUGUAUAUAUAUAUAUGUAUAUAGUGUAAUUAUAUUAUGUGUAUAGUAUAUAUAUACUAUAUAUGUUGUGGGGUGUGUAUAUGGAGCAUAUAUGCAUGAGGAAUUUUAGAGAUUUUAACUUAAAGGUUGCCCCACAUGUGCAGGAGCACAAAGGAGUUUGCUACAAAUGAGGGCUAACACAUUGUCAGAUUAGAGGAGUGGUCCGUCACAGAUAAUCAACUAUAAUUUAAUGUUUGUGUGAUGUUUUGUGUUUGUUGGUCAUCUGUAUCCACUAGAAUUAGUUUCUGAAAUUUGAAAUUUGACAUUAAUUAAAAGUAAACUGAUUGUGGAUGUUAAGGGACUGUAGCAACUGCACAAUAAUCAACUUCUGUACAAAAUUGUAGAUUGUUUCUAUGCAAUCCUGAAAUUGAAGGGUUUAAUUCCAAAGUGAUAUUCAGAUCAUUUUAUAGACGCAUACAGACCUAUCCUGAAAUACCACGUUGAUAUGACUCCUCACUUCUGUAUGAGAUACAUGUGGAUGUAUUAGUUUUAAAUGACUGAUAUCUCAUUUUUGAACAAAACUCGUCUUUCAAAUGCUUUCUUACUCUCCAUUGUCUUUCAUAUUUAAUGUAAACACUUAACCCCCAAAUACUGGCUACUGCUUGAGACCCUUGCCUCCUUCUGUAACACUGAGCAAGGAUCACCUGACAUGUACUGCAGGACAGUGUGUCGGAGUUGGUAUCAUUAACGUAUUCCAAUAUUUGAUAUAUAUACACAUGGCUGCAUCAUUAGACAAAGUUAUUGUGUGUUGUGUUUGGGCUGUUGUCCUGCUGAGGGUGAAACUGCACUAUAUAACCUUUGCUGUGCUGCUGUAGGAGCUAGUUAGAUAUGUGUUGCUAUUUAAAAGGAUUGUUUUAAAGUAUAUUGAAGAAUGUGUUUGUUUAUGGUGCUGGAUGAUGUUAAACGAACUAUGGUUACUACAAAUUAGUAUUCCAUUCAUUGUCUGUCAGUUUUCAAUCAUCAUUCAUAACCGAGUAGCUUUAGCUUCUGCUUUUUUCCUUUGUUUUUCUGGUCUUGAAAUUAUAGCGCAAAAGUGUCGAGAACAAAGCUGGAAGGUUUUAGUCAGCAUUUAAAUACAUUUGUAAACAUGUAUCUCAGCUUGUGACUGUACUGUACCGGCGUAAAAUGUCACACCAAUAGAUCUAGCCAAAGAUGAGACGGGUUUGAAUUGUACAGGAUUGAGGAGAAGAAGGGUGUAGCUUUUUGUGAAGUUGUGUUUUAGCUUUAAUGUACGGACCUUUUUGUCAUGCAAAAACAUGUUUUUGUUGUUUUAUUUUAACAUAAAUGUCCUUAACACACAAACACACACAUUUUACUAACAGAUUGAGAUAUAAAUAAAUGAAACACACAGUUUAGUUUGGUUAAAGAUCAUAUUAUUGGCAUCAAACAUUUUCUUUUGGCAACAUAAAAUCUACUAAAUGGGAUUUUCACAUUGCACCAGUGAAUUUUGGUCCUCUGGUUAAAAACACACUAAGCUGUAACUUUGGUUGUGCAUGUCAUUUAUGAAAUGUCAAAUCUUUGCAUACUGAAAGCACAAAUGUAAAGACAAUCCAUUGUUGUUACACUCCAUUAAUACUUUAGUUUUGUCAUGUACAUACAACUUUCACACAUGUAGUCCUGUCAGUAUUGGUGCAGUGUUUUCUCCAUCUGUUUUGUAUUGUGUUGUGUUGAAGUAUAUUUCCUAGAUGUGGAAUGUAUUUCACUCGGAGCAAUAGAAUAAAAUAUGUAACGUUAAAGUCCAA